CCCUGUGGUCCUUAGGAAGUCGGUCAAUAGGCUUGUGUCCGGGUAGGUCCAAGUGGUGAGGAGUGGGACCUUUGUCGUGCACCUGACACCACCAUGAUAGACACCCGAUGCAGCACCUCCACUAUGCCGUACACGAAGGAGGAGGAGGCGAAGAUGGCUGCCAUCCUGCAGGAGAGAAAGGAGGAAGCCAAAAAGAAGGCCUUGAAGGAGGAGCAGGCGGCCAAAUUGAAGAAGAUGGAAGAAGAGAUGGCCAGGGAGAAAGAGAGGUUAAGGAAGGAAGAAGAAGAGAAACUGAAGGCGGUGGAUGAAGAAGAGGACGGUCCGCCACUGCAAAGGAGUAGUGGGCAGCACAGUAGUAGUACUGGUGGAGACCUGGAGAUGAGGAUAUCUGAAUGGGUUGCCAACCUGACUGUGGGAGAAGAGGAAGAGGUUAGUAUGUAUAUCCCGCAGGAUCAGCAAGAAGUUGCCAUGAAGGCUUGGGAUGCAGAGAAAGACCCUCUUAAACGUCAAGCGUUGGAAGACGAGAAGAGGAUGGAAUGGAAAUUAGCGGUGAUGAGGGAGAAGAAGAGGAUAAUUGAAAAGGCAGCGGAGGCGACGGAGGCCUUGGAGGAAGUGAAGGAGAUAGAGGCGCAAUUAGCCGCCCAGCCCGACCUCCCGAAUCAGAUGCGAGUCAUAGCUCGGAGCGUCGCAUGCCUGGCAUGGGUUCAAGCAAACCAAUAUGACUUUAGCAGAAGUCAGGACAUAGCUGUGCGCUCGAUACGGUUGGGCUUUCGAGACUUUGCUCGUGAGCUGGUAGGCGCCGUUGGAGCCGAGGUGGGUCACCGCCUCGACAAGACUGAGCAGUUCUGCGCUGACGCCAUUGAAGGCGUCAAGGCGGCAGCUCCCAAGGAGGAGGAAGCACAUCCUCCUCGCCGGGAGCCUAUCAAAGUCAAGUUCCCCGAUUCCUACAGCGGGAAGAGGGAGGAAAACUUUGACAAUUGGGAGGCCAACGUUAAGACCUAUGUGCACUUGCAACAGGUCUCCCCACAUCAGCAAGUCCUAAUUGCUAUCCACGCGCUGAGAGAUGAGGCCGCCAGUUUUGCAAGGUCCCUCGUUCGCGCUGCCAACUGUAGUGAUGAUCCCGUUGCGUACUCCUCAUUUACGUCCCUCAUCGAAUUCCUGAAGUUGCUGCGGGAGCGAUUUGCUGAUGUCGCUCGCAGUCCGGGGCGCCGCCAGUUGAUUGCGCAGGAGCUCAUCGCGCCGAUGGUGCAGUUGGCGGAUGAUCUCUCGCCCAACAUCUAUUCGCAAAGUGACGACAGUCCUGCUCCGCAUGUUCUCGAGUGGGCAGCCAGGGCCACGCUCCAUUUCAAGGAGCACGAGUGUAGGCUCCCUAGUUCGUCAGGCGAGGCCAAGACUGCCCGCCUGUUCCAUGUGUCAGGGGUAGAGAAUUCCUUGGCGCACUGCUGCCUUAGUGCCCCCGCGUUCGCCAGACUGGUGAAGAAGGAGGGAUUGGAGGAACAGGUCUUUGUUGCCUAUGUUAGGCCAGUGACUGAGCCUACGGAGGAGAAGCCGAUGGACCCUGCGAUUACCAAGCUGCUGGAAGAGUUUAAGGAUUUGACUGAGCCGCCGACAGGCACGGUGCCUCGGCCCAUCCAGCACCGUAUUGAGAUAGAGCCUGGCAGUAGAACUCCUAAGGGUGCGGUGUAUAGGAUGUCCCCGCGGGAGUUAGAGGAGCUUCGCAAGCAAUUGGACGAGCUCCUCGAGAAGGGUUGGAUUAGRCYCAGUUCGUCUCCUUUCGGAGCGCCUGUCCUCUUUGUUCCUAAGAAAGAGGGAGAGUUGAGAAUGUGUAUAGACUAUCGGGGACUGAAUGCGAUUACAGUGAAGAAUGCUGAGCCACUGCCUACGAUAGACGAUCUUUUAGAUCGAGUGCAGGGGGGCAAGUAUUUCUCCAAAAUAGAUUUGAAGUCCGGAUAUCAUCAGAUAGAGGUGCAUCAGACAGCCUUCCAGACUAGAUAUGGGCACUACGAGUUCAUAGUGAUGCCCUUUGGACUAACCAAUGCGCCAGCUACGUUCCAGCGCUGUAUGAACGAUUUGUUCAGGCCGUGGUUAGAUAGAUUUGUUGUAGUUUAUCUAGAUGACAUCCUAGUGUUUAGCCGGACCCUCGAAGAGCAUCAGGGUCAUCUCAGGCAGGUCUUGGAGAAGCUGAGGGAAUCUAGCUUAAAGAUCAAUGCAAAGAACUGUGAUUGGGCAAAGACCCAAGUUUUGUAUUUAGGCCACGUCUUAGAUGGAGACGGCGUUAAGCCUGAAGAUAGCAAGAUCGCAGCGAUUAGAGAUUGGCCCACGCCACGUACGCUGACAGCGUUGCGCUCGUUCCUGGGCCUAGCUAACUACUAUAGGAAGUUCGUGAGGAACUUCUCCACCAUCGCGGGGCCCCUUCGCAGAUUGCUGAGAAAAGAGACAAUCUGGAAGUGGGACAAGGACUGCACGUCUGCCAUGAAGAAGCUAAAGCAGGCAUUGAUAGAGUAUCCGGUCCUUAAGGUCGCUGAUCCGUCCUUGCCUUUUGUCGUUACUACGGAUGCUAGCCAGUACGACAUAGGCGCAAUGUUACAGCAAGACGAUGGCAAUGGGUAUAGACCCCAGCCGCAGCAAAGCAGAAAGCAGAAGGCACGUCUGUUGGCAAUCGAACAGCAGCGACAGCACAACGAGGCAGCAGCAAAGGCUGCCGAUGAAGAACGAAUUCAACGACGCGAGAAGAUAUUCAGCGGAGAGCAAGCUUUGCUCACAAUGGCAGCGGAUUGGCGGGCCGAGGCCGAGAAUGGCAAGAUGGAAGAGAGUGAAAACAAGAUCGCUCUACUCCUCUCCCAUCUCACGGACCUCCUGGCAACAUGCAUUACACAGCAGGAGGACAUCCAUAGCCUCGACGACGCGUUGACUCAAGUCCACAGCCGCCUCCGGCAGCUGGAACAGCGACCCGUCGCCGCUCCCGAUGCCAGCUCUUCCAAAACCUCCGAUCGCCUCGAGGCAUUGGAGAUUGACGUCGGCUCCCUCAAGGACGACGUGCAGUUACGGCAAACCGCAAUGCAACAGUUGGAGCAGCGGAUCUGUACUACCGCCAACCACUCGAGCUCGAAACCGCGCGAGACAGCUCCAAAGUUCGAUGGGCAGGAGAUCUUCUGCGACUCAACGAAGACAGACCCGAUUCCAUGGUUCCGCAAGUCCGAGCUCACGUUGCAGCUACACUACGUCAGCGAACACAAGCAUCACACGUACUUGUACUCCCGCUCGGGGGGCACGUGCCAAGCAUGGUUGGAGGACAAUCUCUUGUCCAAGUACGGAGUGGUGGCUGCUGACUUGCAUACCAAGAUCGGCUGGGAUGAUCUAAAGGCGGCGUGGCAUAAGCAGUUCCAAGUAGAGCAGCCGAAGAUCAAGGCAAUGGACAAGCUGAUGGUCUUCGAACAAGGCACGCUGCCGAGUGUUGACUGGAUUGCCGAGUACCAACGCUUGACAUUUGUCCCAGACAUUCAUCUCAAGGUCGUGUCCGGCGACAUUAGUCCGCUAUCGGACAAGAUUCAAGCCAUCCAAGAGUGGCCGGAGCCACGAAACGUCCUGGAUGUUCGUUCGUUCCUCGGCCUCGCCGGCUACUACCAGUGUUUUAUCAAGGGCUACUUGAAGAUAGCGGCCCACUUGACCAAGCUUCAACGCGAGGAUCGACCGUUUGACUUCGAAGAGGAUGCGCGGGAAUCAUUUUUGGCUCUCAAAGCCGCGUUAUUAUCUACGGAGGUCUUGCGCAUAUAUGACCUGCUUUCGCCUACGUGCGUCACUAUGCAUGCGUCCAACUAUGGCAUUGGUGUCGUCCUCGAGCAACGCGAUGGCGUGGACUGGCACCAGGUCGAGUAUUUCAGCAAGAAAGUGUCCGUCGUGCACUCCAUUGACGAUGCACGCAAGAAGGAGCUCCUCGCCUUCGUCCACUCGCUCAAGCGGUGGCGACACUUCCUCCUUGGUCGAAGCCAAUUCCGAUGGGUAACGAACAACAAUCCGUUGGUCUUUCACAAGACCCGAGACAUCGUCAAUAGCACCAUCGCUCGAUGGAUGGCUUUCAUCGACCAGUUCGACUUCUUUCCCGAUCACAUUCCGAAGAAGUCGAACUGUUUUGCCGAUGCUCUUUCACGGCGUCCGGAUCAUUGUACCGCGGUCUAUUCAACCUUCGAGAUCGACAACGACCUGUGGGACAGCUUCAUCCGCGGCUACCAAGACGACCCCAAGUUUCGCGACAAGUACGUGAAUUGCUCCUCUCCUAAUCCGACGCCUUCUCACUACCGGAUCCAAGAGGGGUACUUGCUUAUCCACACACGGGGGAAGGACCUUCUCUGAGUACCGAGUGACCCUCACUUGCGUACAAGGCUUCUUGGCGAGUUCCACGAUGCUCCCGCCACCGGACACUU